UCACCACACAUACCGGAAUUCUCGGAAGCAGCAUCGCCGCCGAAACAGCGAUGUCUGACGGCGCAAGUCACCGAACCGAAUCUCGAAUAAUCAGGACAAAACACAAGCGCAACACUGGGAAUUGCCCGAACUUCCAAAUUCAUGCCGCUGCUGCGAAACAGCAAGAUGGUGAAUGCCGAGCACAUGGCGGACACCACGAGUGCAGAAGCAGAGGCAGGGGCAGAAGACCGUGAAUGCUGAUUUUGGCAUGGCGCCCAUGGUUCUUCGCGGGCGUUCGCGAUACAAGGUCUGCGAUGUGCUCGGGCUCGUGGCCGGGGCUCUUUUCAUCCUCGCACUCUUGCUGUCCGUGUUCAAAAGCCACCUUCUCGAAGUGCAACGAUUCUACGAAGUCUGGGACCAUCCCGUGGCCGAGGCGGAGCAGGCGAUCGAGACUGCCAAGCCCGUCCCUGCGCACAAGCUGCCAUGGGAUCCGACCUCGAUCGAGGACGUGCCCAAGGCCGGGGACUCGAGAUUGAAGGAAGUGUGGAAUUCGUCGGAGGCCGAGUAUUAUUACUCGUGCAGCGAUCCGAGCCCCAAGUACGCGGCCGCCACGCGCAACACAGGGCAGAAUGGGUACAUGCUGAUCGAGGCGAACGGCGAUUUGUCCAUGCAGAGGGCCGGGAUCGCGGACUUCGUCACCAUAGCCAGGAUUCUGGACGUGACGAUGGUCGUGCCAUCGCUGGCCAAUAGGCCUGGCGAGCACGCCAAAGUGAAUUUCAGUGGAGUGUUCGACGCGGAGCAUUUCAUAGCGACGCUGGCGUCGGACGUGCGCGUGCUCGCGGAGCUGCCGGACGAUGUGCGCGACGACGACCCGGCCGUGUUCGUGCCGCCGCGCAAGGCCACGGCCGUCUGGUACGAGGUGAAGCUGCUGCACGAGCUGCAGGCGAAGAAAGUCUUGCGGUGCUCGCAGACCGAUUCGCGGCUGCAGGACAAUCUGGGCCCGGACCAGCAGAAGCUCCGGUGCCGCGCCAUGUACAAGGCGCUGCAAUUCGCAGCGCCAAUUCGAGAAUUGGGGCAGCGCCUGGUCCAGAGGCUACGGGACAAGCACAAAUCCAAGCGCUACGUCGCCGUGCACAUCCGAUUCGACGAGGAGCUGCUCUCGUCGUCGGGCUGCUACUUCGGGGGCGGCGACAGAGAGAGGCGCGACCUGCGCCAGUUCAGAAAGCGGCGCAACUCGCAAUUUCCUCAGAAAGAUCCGCACAAAGAGCGACGCGAAGGUCGAUGCCCUCUGACGCCAUUGGAGCUCGGAUUACUGCUGCGGGCGAUGGGAUUCGGCGAGGACGUCGUGUUGUACAUUGUGAUGGGUGAUGUCUAUGGAGGCGACGAGAGCCUGGCGCCAUUGAAGCAGCUCUUCCCCGAUCACUAUACCAGGAGCACGCUGGCGGCAGAGCAAGAGCUGGCGCCAUUCCGAGCCCACCCUUCGACGCUGGCGGCGCUCGACUACACGAUCUGCCAUCAGAGCGAUGCGUUCGCGGCCAACGACAACGGCGACAUGGCGAGGAUCAUCGCCGGCCACCGACGAUUCGAUGGGCACCGGCGCACGAUCCGUCCGAAUUUACAGAAGCUCGCGCUGCUUUAUGUGGCGAGACGCAGUCUCGGGUGGUACCAGUUCGCCAGCAAGCUGCGCAUCUUCCACGAAGGGAUGAUCGGGGACCCGAGAGAGAAGUCCAAGGAAUUUUACGAGGUUCCGUCCGCGUGUGUGUGUGCGCAGGGUCAGUUCGAGUUCAUCAGAAGCGCUCAUGAGGGCAGGGAGUUGAUCAAGCGCAUCCGUGCGGGCGAGCGAAACGGAACGGCGGGUGUGCUCGACCGUGAAUCGAUGGCGACGGCCGAGGAAGAAGAGGAGACUCAAUCGCUGAAGCAGACUGGAGACACCAUCAUUCAGGACCUGCUCAACACUGGCAUCGAUGAAUCGCUGGUCGUGGAUGAAGACGAGGAUGCAGAACUCCCAGAAGACUGGCCGUGGCUGAUGAACUGAGACCUCUGCAACCAUCACCUAUUUCGACCUUUCAUGUGAUCCAAUCAGUUAAGCAGAACGAAACCCACAACUUCACAGGUUGGUUACUUCCAGCAACAUUUUCAUUUGCUGGUGGAUUAAUGGGACAAUCAUUCCUCAAGCAAAUCCAAAAACCUUUCUCCGCACAAACCACGGAGUAAGUCCAGGAGCCCAGACCCUCUGCUGCAGUGGGUUGUGUCAUCGACACCAAAGGGGAUAUGCAGUCCGAUGCAUGUUACAAGAUUUCUAUCUUGCAGAGAGAAUGAAUCAACUUCAAGAUGAAAGUGAAAAUUUAUUAUUUAAUUGCAUUGAAUGCCUUCAAAGGAGGAGAGUGAUGCUAGUGAGAUGACAGGUCAACUUUUGAUAGGAAAAUAUAAUUAUAUUAUGAUAAUUACUUUCAGUGCUCAUCAAGUGGCUGUAGUUUAGUGGUAAGAAUUCCACGUUGUGGCCGUGGAGACCUGGGCUCGAAUCCCAGCAGCCACAAUUUUUAAUUUUGAAAUUGUGGAAGUCACAAUUUUCGAGCAAUGAUCUAAUAUAUCAAUUGCUAUUUGGCUCGGAGUGUAUUGGUGAGGAAGUAACUUGGACCGGGAAAACACAUUUGUAUAACGGUAUGCUGAAAAAUGAAUUGAGUAUAAAACGUAUCUUGAAGCUUUACCUU